AUGCGGUGGCUGACUCGUGGUGUGGAUUUGCAGCGUGCCACGGCCCACGUAGGCGGGCUCCAUUUCUUCAGUACAUGGAACGUUGCCUUGGCACCAAAGCGUGCGGUAGGGGGGAGGGGUAGGACGCACACCGCCGCGGUCCACGGCAGAACGUCGUCGUUAGAACCGCCACCACCACCGGCAGCGUUGGGCUCCGCACGCAGCAGGAAUUCCGCUGCGCUCAGCGGCGGCGACAAUAGAUUUAGGACAAACAGAAGCGGGGGAAAGAUUCCGAAAGAGGCAGCCGCGGCAAAUAAAAACAGCGAGGAUGUUGAUGUUGAGGAAGAGGAACGGCUUCUUGCGGAGGGCGACACACGGUUGGCGAUGCGGUUGCUGAUGCAACACCACUUCCUUUACCAGCACAAUGUGCGGCGGCCGGAGGAGCGGCGACUGGAGGAGGAGCGGGAGAUGCUGCGGGAGAAGCACCGUGCGCGCAUGGAGCGUAUCGAAGAAAAGACAAGAAAUGCAAUGCAACUCGGGCCGGACGUUUCGGUGGACGGAAUUCUGCCGCUUUACGGGCGAGGCAACUCAGCAGCUGCGGCAUUGGCUUCCAAGCCGUCUGCGUCGUGGAUGCGUCUCAACCCGGUGGAGGCUGAGACAGGCGAUAAUGAUGGGGACGACGGUGAGAGCCGCAGCAUAACGGGCGCAAUGCUCACAAAGCCCGACCUGUCCGUUUACAGUGUGGAGCACGAUCACCGAAUUCGCAGCUCAGAAGUGCUGGACGAGGAGCAGAGACGACGACGGGAGGAACUAAAGAGUGGGGAUGCGACGAAGAAGCUCUGGUCUCAGGAGGAACUGGAGAUGGGCGGAGGUCUGACGCCGCAACGUGUGAUGGAGAGCCAAAUGCUGGAGGAUGAAGACCAGGACUUCGCGGUGGAGGCGUAUUCCAGCGACUACGAUGAAUGA